ACAGAUGACAAACCCCUCUCCGUACCCCGGGACAUCGACCUCCACCUGGACACCAGCCCCAUCACCGCCGUGGAUGCUCUCGUGCUGCGCUAUUUCCUGGAGUACCAGUGGUUCGUGGACUUUGCUGUCUACGCCACCGCCGUGUACGUCUUCACCGAGGGCUACUGCUGCCUGGCGGACCCCCGCAAGGAGAUGAACAUCGGGGUGCUCUGGUGCCUGCUGACCCUCUUCUUCUCCGUCAAGGUCUUCUUCAUGGUGAUGCGCCAUUACUUCCGCUCAGAGGAGGGGGGCGAGCGCUCCGUCUGCCUCACCUUCGCCUUCUUCUUCCUCCUCCUCGCCAUGGUGGCUCUUGUCAUCCCCGAGGACUACCUGGAGUUCGGCCUCGAGCCCGGGCUGGCCGGCGUCAGCAGCAACCUGGAGAGCAUCCUGAAGCAGCGGGGCUGGGAGUGGACGCCUCCCCUCGCCAAACUGGCCUUCAAGCUGGGGCUGGUGGCCCUGUGCUCCUUCCUGGGUGCCUGCCUGACCUUCCCGGGGCUGCGCCUGGCCCAGACCCACCCCGAUGCUCUCCGGAUGGCGGCUUUACUCGAUGCUCUCCGGAUGGCGGCUGACAAGCCCCUGACCCAGGUCCUGCUCCAUGUGAGUUUCCUGGCACCCGUUCUCGUGGUGGUGAUGUGGAUCAAGCCCAUCUCACGGGAUUUCCUGCUCCAUGCACCCAUGGGCAAGCAGACGGUGCAGAUCAUGUCGGACUCUGCCUACAACAUCGUGCGCCUCUGGACCAUCGUCGGCCUCUGCCUGUUGCGCUUGGCUGUCACCCGCCGUCACCUCCAGGCGUACCUGGGCCUGGCCGAGCGCUGGGUGGAGCAGAUGAGGAAGGAAGCCGGGCGCAUCACUGUCCUGGAGAUCCAGCGUAAGAUCACGAGGAUUUACUGCUACGUGUCCGUGGUCACCCUGCAGUACGUGGGACCCAUCGUCCUCACCCUCCACUGCACCCUGCUCCUCAAGACGCUGG